UUCUUAAGAGUAAUAGAAUUCCUUGAGCAUUUACUCAAACACUUUGUGUGCAUUCUUUCUUUGUUUUUUUUUGUUGUUCUUUUGUAGCUUCUUUUGGCACAAUCGCUUCCGCUAUACAAAUUGGUGCCUUGGAGGAGUUCUAAGGAAUCCUCACUUUUGGGUGUAAAGGCUGACUCAGGCGAGUUUGGAGUAAACGGAUCGCCUAAGGCCGCAUGAUUUGCGAGACGAAAGGUCUAGCCCCGUGACAUUAGUUUAUGCAUACUCUCGAGAUAUUUCUCCAGCGACUCAGGAUCUAAUAACUCAGUGCUUCCUGAGGCAACCAAGUUGACUCGGAUGCCAGUUCUGGUGGAGGGAUGUGACUAUGAACGCUGGUUCAUAGUUAUGGAAGCUCUCAAGAGAUACCCACUUCGAGAUGAGAUCGUUGGCACCUACAUUAAAACCCUAGCAAUGGCUUUGGGAAUUGAGGAGGAUGCCAAGAAGUCUAUAUACUCAGUUUCCACCAAGUAUUAUUAUGCAUUUGGUUGCAAAGUACCAGAAGAUUUGGUUUUUAAGAUUAAAACUCUACCUAAUGUGAAAUGGGUUUUACCAGAUUCUUAUUCGGGGGACCCUGGUGAUAAUAGCUAUGAAGGAGAACAAUUCAUUGAUGGGAAGGUUGUUCCGUAUGAUGACAAGUAUCACUCUGACUGGAUCCAGGCUCGAAAUGAUGAUAGAAGUAAAGGAACAACUCAUCCAAGAAAAGCAAGUCAAAAAUAAAAGAAACAGUAGUAUUAUUGCGAGCAUGCUACUGAUCUUCAGCUUUGUCUUAUAUGAAUUUUUCGAAUUUGCCCAAUAUUUCCCAUGUUUUAGGAGGAAUGAAAGAAACGAAGCAAAUGCACCAAAAUCAGAUGUUGGUUUGGACUAUCCUAUCAAUCGAGCCUCAGAUAUUUGUUUUACUCUUUCGCUGUAUGGUUUAGUGCUUUGGGGUGGAAUUCAUGGUCGAAAUGAAUUUUUACACUGCUGUUCAAAGCUUGGUAACAUUGGCUCAUAAUGCGAGGUUGAUAAACUACAACCAAAAGGACCAGAUGGUUAAAUAACCAGCCAUUGGCCUAAUACUGGUGUUUGCUUAGAGUAAGAGAAGAGGUGACCAGGCUGGCUUUGGUUUAUGCUACAAAUAUUCAAGAAUCCGGUAAGGUUGCUUGGUGUAUUUAUACAUUUCGAAAUCGGAAAGAUGUUCAGUUGCUUUUGAUCUAAAGAGAAACCCUUAAGGUAAGGGUGCUUUGUGUUCUCUUUGUACGAUUGUAAGCAGAGAGAACUCAACUUUUCUGGCUACUAUGAAUUAUUUGAUAGAUGAUCGAAAAAUUUUUGUUAUUAAGAUCCUUGGUUGAUUUCUUCUUUUUCUAAUGCAUUCAUUCUCAAUACUUGCUCACUGUAUCUGAUGAUAUGAUAGUAGAUGAUUAAAUGCUAAAAAUAUAUAUUUCAUGUAAUUUAAUUGGUCAAUUUAUAAGAAUGCACCACUAAUUUUUCCAUUUUAUAUUGAAUUUUAUACAGGGGUACAAUUUGGGGUCAAAAGAGAAAAAGAAGAAGCAAUUGGACUAAAUUGAAGAAAGGAGCAAAGAAGGCGGGCCAAAGCAGAAUUUUUCCUAGAUGUAAUUAGCUGAAAUUUUAUGUUGACUUAAUGGGAGAUUAUGUAGGAUUUUUAUAUCAUAGAAUAUUUUAUUUUCUUAA